CGCAAAUCGACUGAGCUUCGCAGCAUUAGUCUGAUUCCUAAGCCUAUCCAUCACAAGUUGACUUCAGGAGACAAGGACUUUUAGCAGCCUAGGGGCUUAGCUCCGCCGCGUGCGCGAAAGCGCGACAUUUCUGUCGGCCCCGUUUACUUGGGCUUCAUAGGUCAUAGUACGCUUGAAUAAUCAUCCAGCAUAUGAAAUACUUGGACGGGCAGGAGGGCGACGAGUAUUUGGACUCGGGCCUGGGCGACCCCAGCCACUUCAUAGGCGACGAUCCAAACAUCGAAGAUGUACCGCCUAAGCCCGGGCUCGUUCCCUGCGCUGCAGCUACGACCUGGAGCUCACACAUAGAUGGAAACCCAGAAGCGACUUCCCUCAAGAUUGCCCGGGACCUGUGCAUGCAGCGUAUCCCCGUGGAGGCCGACACUAUGUGGGUGGGCAGCAGCGCGCCGCCCCCGGAGCUGGUGCCACCCCGGCUCCUGUUGCAGCGCGUCCUGCUGCUGCAGCAGGAGGCCUGCCGCGACGCCCCCACCAGGGAAGACGCCGCCACCGCCACCGCCACCGCCACCGCCACCUACCACGCUGCCACCACCUCGGGCAGUGACUGUGCGGGCAUGGGGUGCUGCUGGGCCAGCCGGUGCAACCCCGACACAGCAGCCACGGCCGGCUGCUGCUGCUGCUGCCUAACCGCCAGCCACAGCCACAGCCACAUGACCACAAUGAGCGGCACGGGGCAGCAGCAGCAGCAGCAGCAGCAGCAGCAGCUGGUGGUUGCAUCGCCGGCGGGCCCAAAGCCGCUGCUGCUGUCCAAGAGGCAGCAGGGCCAGCAGCGGGAGGCAAAACAGCAGGAGGUGCAGCGACCGGCGGCGGCGGGUGCCGAUGGCAGUAGCACAGAAGCAGGGGACUUCAUAACCCGCACGACGCUCGGCGGCCAUCGCCCUGCUGACAGCGCCGCCGCCGCCGCGGCCGCCCCCGCCGUCCCCUACAACUCCGGUCGCGGCCGCACAACAGCAGCAGCAGCAGCCACCUGCCGCGUGCUGGGCCUGGUCAUGGCACAGCAGCAGCGGCUGCGGUAGCAUGCAUGUACAAGCCUGGUUCAGUGCUCUGGCGGCGGUCACCGUGAGGGUCUGCCGUCGCAGUUGCCGCAGCAUGUAUGGAUGGGCUCGCUUGUAGUGAACGUGUAUCGGGGGUGGGUCGAGUCCAGGGGGUCGGAAUUUGACGCAAGGCGUUAAUUUGGAUGGGCCGCAAGACUAAAGCAAUUGUGCGCUCACGCACAGGAACAGGGGAAACACAGUGCUUCUGUUGGAUGCUUCAUCUAUGGUUCCGCAAACGUACAGAGAAAGCAAAAUAAGUGGAUCUGUCGCUUUUGAAGUGGUGGAGCGUUAGACGCUGGUGACGAAGCCGCAUGGGGCGGGUGUUGGCAUCAGGCAUAGGGUGCAUGCGGUCAUGGCGUGUGUAGCCAUGGCGACGUAUGGGCAUCGGCGGCAGUGCCGCUUGCUCGCAAACAGGUAGGGCUGCGCGUGCCUCGUUGCGCGGUCGUGUUGGGAGGUGUCACAGUGCACUCACAAUGCACGUGUGUGCGUGCGUGCGUGCGUGCGUGUGUGUGUGUGUGUGUGUGUGUGUGUGUUUUGAAAAAACAACAAAACGUAGCCCGCCCAGACGGCGCGCCGGAGUUACUUACGGGUACCUACCAAUACUGUGUGUGUGUGUGUGUGUGUGUGUGUGUGUGUGUGUGUGUGUGUGUGUGUGUGUGUGUGUGUGCGCGUCAGAGAGCAAAUGACUGGACAGAUGUGAGAUAAGAGAAAAGGCGGGCAAGGGAAUUUCCAGGGCGGGUAUGCGUAUUUUAGCCUGUCCUGCUUGUCCAUAAGUAACUUGCCUCACUACAUCAACACAGAUACUGUCAUACCCACUGCAUCUUCAAGGCAGUUGGUUCAACGAAUGCGGUUAUGCGAAGGGAAUCGUAGGGACGAAUGCCCUGUGGAGGUUGGUGAUACACGCCUGUUAUGCAUACGUGUCAAGAAGUUGCGCUUGCAGCGUUGAGGUGUGUGUGGGGUCUCAUGGGGGCCUAAUAUCACAGUUUUGUAGUACGCGGUUUUGUGUUGCCAUGCGUUUUCCUAGAUCACCGAUGGCGCGCAAUGAUUGACGUAGUGCAUAAGUUGGUUGGCUGUGAAUGCUGUCAAUGCGGGGGCAUGUCGUGCAUCCAUGCGGCCUGUGCUGCAAUAGCUAACGCUUUGUGUCCAAUGCCUCUUACGGCGGUAAGAGAAGAAGUGGAUUAGGACCAGGCACCCCUGAUUUGGACAUGAAGGUGGAGAAGAUAAAUAUCAUAACAUGCACUGAUGAAUGUCACGGUAAAGGUGAGCGGUCCUCAGCCCCCGCCCCCUGGGCAGUGGGCUGCUGUGGGUCCGGUCUUACCGUACGGCUUAAAGCAGUGAUUAUGUGAUCUCGUAUGUGAUGAGUGAUGUUGGUCAUGUUGCGAGGGCUACGUGGUCCUGUGUGCACGUGACGUGGGGUGCGGGGUGCAUGCAUGCACGCAGGGUUCAGUGUUGAGGAUGGGAACACGAGUAGUGUGUUUGUGGGCAUAGGGGGCGGCUAUUGCAGUUGUGGGUCUACGUCCGACCCGCGCCCGACACGCGGCCUUACUUGUAUUUGUAUGCACUACCACCCGCCGGCCGGUACUGAUAAGGGAAUUGAUGCUGCUUUUCUUAUUCACUGUGAGCCCUCUGAUGAGGAGUAAGCACUCUACGGUAAGCACUCUACGGUAGGACAUUGGUACGAAUUGGUGUGCGAUGGGACAUUGCUGGUAAUAAUGGGAUAGUGUGAAGUGGGCAAGGGUUUUUACUGUGGGAACUGGCAAGGGGCUGACUUCACAAGUGGGAAGGGGCUUCGGAAGUGGGCGCAUGCGGGUACGGGCCCUUCGGCAUCUUAUACCGUAUAGUUCGCGGCCCCGCCUCUCUCUCAACAAAUGGGUGCCUAUUAGCAGGAGUGUGCACGUCAGGCAAUAAAGGCCGACCAGGGUGGGGGGCGCUGGAGGCGCACAGAAUGGUGCGGGCCCAUCCCGUGUCAGGUCACGGGCCCCCGCGCCCAACAUGUAACGCAAGCACAAU